UCCGCGGUCACACUGGCGGCCAACUUUGAGCGGUUCGUUUUAUUUGUUUUUAUCGCGAGAGGUGUAAUGAUUAAAAAUAAGUGCAAUAUCUGAGAGUUAACAACAGUGAUAAAGCGUGAAAUGUGUCAGCUGGCUACAGCAGCACCGCUUCCAUAGAACUGUCAAGGCCAUGGAGCAUUGACUUGAGGCACAGUCAGAGCAAAAGCCAGACCACAGCACAGCACAAACAGAGAUCUCCCCGAAGAGGCUGCUCCGCUCCGCCGUCAUGUUGGAGCCAACGCUCACGCCCGAGCUGGAGGAGGAUGUGGAUGGCACGAGCCUGGUGACGGCGGCCAUUGCUGGCCUAAGCAUAGACGAUGUGCCAGAACGCAAGCCGCACUUCCUGGACUACGAUGCAGUGCCGCCUCCCGACUACGAGGACGGGUUCGGGGCUGCCGGCGAGCAGCUGAAGAUGGACAAGAAGUACGAGCGGGAUGGGGAGAUCAGCGACUACGAGCUGGCCGCCAGCGGAUACACCAAGAAGGAGUUCACGCAGGACGACAACACCCUCAAUUUCACACAGAAUGGCGUCGGGGCAGUGGGUGUCGUGGGAAAGAAGCCGGGGGCGAAGCACUUCCUGGACGAGAAUCCCAUUCCGCCCGACUAUAUGCUGGCCCAGGAGCUGCGCGAGAUGCGGGAGCACCGUAGUCUGGACAGGAACUUUGAGCGGAAGUCCGCCCAGCAGCAGCAGCUAGAGGAGCUGCCACAGCGGAACGGUGGCUCGCCGGCCAGCUCGGGUCGGGCCUCGCGCAGCAAGGAGCCAUCCUAUACGCUGUCGCGCUUCCUCGACGGCGACAAUCCCAUGCCGCCGCGUCUGCCCAAAGGAGCCGCCUGGACCACAAGCUUCGACGAGCGCUAUGGAACGGCAGCAGCGGCAGCGGUGGAUGCCACACUGGGCUCAAAAGUGGAGUGUGUGUACUCGUUGCUCUCUAUGCUGGGCUCCAAUGAUCCCCUGGAGAUGGCCAAGAAGUUCCUGGAGCUCUCGGGUAAUGCCCAGAGCUGUGCAACGCUGCGGCGCUCCGGCUGCAUGCCGCUCCUCGUCCAGAUGAUGCAUGCCCCCGACAACGAGCCGGAGGUGAGGAAGUGCGCCAGCCAGGCCCUGCACAAUGUGGUGCACACGCACCCGGACGAGAAGUCCGGCCGGAGGGAGGCCAAGGUGUUGCGCCUGCUCGACCAGAUCCUCGACUACUGCUCCUUCCUGAAGACCCUGCUCCAGAGCGGCGGCGAGGCCAUAGCUGACGACUCGGACAGGCAUCCGCUGGCCGCGAUCUCCUCCCUGAUGAAGAUCAGCUUCGACGAGGACCAUCGCCAUGCCAUGUGCGCCCUGGGGGCCCUGCAUGCCAUCCCGAAUCUGGUGCACCUGGACCAUGCCGUCCACGGGCCCAAGCCCGAGGAUCAGUGCUGCAAUUCGCUGCGUCGCUACGCCCUGAUGGCCCUCACCAAUCUCACCUUCGGGGAUGAGAACAACAAGGCUCUGCUCUGUAGCCAGAAGCAGUUCAUGGAGGCCCUGGUGGCCCAGCUGGACUCGGCGCCCGACGAUCUCCUCCAGGUGACGGCCAGUGUGCUGCGCAAUCUCUCCUGGCGGGCGGACAGCAACAUGAAGGCGGUGCUCAACGAGAUUGGCACGGUGACGGCCCUGGCCCUGGCGGCCAUGCGCAACAAGAGCGAGAACACCCUGAAGGCCAUACUCUCGGCCCUCUGGAACCUCUCCGCCCACUGCAGCACCAACAAGGCGGAGUUCUGUGCCGUGGACGGCGCCCUGGCCUUCCUGGUGGGAAUGCUCAGCUACGAGGGACCCAGCAAGACCCUCAAGAUCAUCGAAAAUGCGGGCGGCAUUCUCCGGAACGUCUCCAGCCACAUUGCCGUCUGCGAGCCGUACCGGCAGGUGCUGCGCCAGCACAACUGUCUGGCCAUUCUCCUGCAGCAGCUCAAGUCGGAGAGCCUGACGGUCGUCAGCAAUUCCUGCGGCACUCUGUGGAAUCUGUCGGCCCGCUGCCCGGAGGACCAGAAAUUCCUGUGGGACAAUGGGGCCGUGCCGAUGCUGCGCUCCCUCAUCCACUCGAAGCAUGCCAUGAUCUCGGAGGGCAGCUCGUCGGCCCUCAAGAACCUGCUGAACUUUCGUCCGGCCGUGCAGAAUCAGCAUCAGCUCGAUCCCAUUGCCCGCUCCAUGGGACUGAAGGCGCUGCCCACGCUGGAGGCACGCAAGGCCAAGGCACUGCAGCAGGAGCUGGGCGAGCGACACUCAGAGACGUGCGACAACCUGGACUCCGGCGGGAAGCGAGCCUCGAGUUCGUCGCGUCGGCACCCGGCAGUGCCACGGCUCACCCGAUCCACGAUGCUCACGAAGAGCGAGAGCCGGGACUCGGUCUACUCGGCCAAAUCGGACUCUGCCUACGAGCAUCUGAUGCGCUCAGCCUCUGCCUCGGAUGCCCAGCGCAAGGUGCAGCCGAAGAUAACCGACUUCGAGAUGGAAAUGGAGCAGGAUGCAGAGGCCACCGAGGAGCAGCCCAUCGACUACUCGGCCAAGUACAGCGAGAACGCCACCAAGACACAUGUCACAUCGACAUAUCAGGAGACAGACCUCGACCAGCCCACAGACUUCAGUCUGCGCUACGCCGAGAACCAACUGGAAGCCGACCUCCUGGACAUAUCAGCAAAGACCACGGCAACGAAGACGCCAGCGACUCCCGAGGGAAAACCCGAGGGACAGGAGAUACUGCUCAUCCUGGACGAUAGUGUCAAGUGCUAUCAGACCGAGGACACGCCGUACGUGAUCUCCAAUGCAGCCUCUGUCACGGAUCUGCGGCUGGCAGCCAAGACUGAAGUCGAAUCGGAAGUAAAGCCGGAAGCCAAGGCUCCCGCUGCCUCUGCCUCUGCCGCCCCCAAGAAACUCUCAAAGCUAUCGCAGUGCAGCGGAUCCGGUUCGUAUACGCCGGAGAAGCCCAUCAACUACUGCGAGGAGGGCACACCGGGCUACUUUAGUCGCUACGAUUCCCUCAGCAGUCUGGAUGAAUCGGGAAUCAAGGCCAUGCAGCUAGCAGCUGCUCCACUCGGAGCAGAGGCCAAAGCCAAGCCUGUGAAGCAGCUGCUGGCCGAGGAGGAGCGGCAGCAAGUGGAGGAAGAGGAGCAGGAGGUUCUGGUGAAGCCCUCCUCUGCCCUGGAAACCCCACUGAUGUUCUCGCGCCGCAGCUCCAUGGACUCGCUCGUGCACGAUCCCGACGUGGAUGUGGCCAAUUGCGAUGACAAGAGUUCGGUGGUCAGUGAAUUCAGUCGCCUGGCAAGCGGCGUAAUCUCCCCAUCCGAGCUGCCGGACUCUCCCACACAGAGCAUGCCGCAGUCGCCCCGGCGCAACAGUGUGAACCGACAGUCGCCGGGUCCAGUGGCGGCCAGCAUGCGUCCCCUGCGCAGCGUCUUUGAGGACGAUCUGAGCAGCUUCAAUGUGGAGCACACCCCGGCCCAGUUCUCGACGGCCACCAGCUUGAGCAGUCUCAGCAUCGUGGACGAUGAAAAGGAGGCGGCACAGGAGGUGGUGCACUACAACGAGGACGAUCUGCUGCUGGCCAACUGCAUCAACAUGGGAAUGCAGCGGAAGCCCACAGCCACGGACGUGGAGACGGAGGAAACCACCCGAAGCUACUGCACCGAAGACACACCCGCCCUGCUCUCGAAGGUGGGCAGCCACACCAAUCUCUCGGCAAUCUCUGUGAACUCCUGCAACGAGCUAAAGGACCCCGAUCCGCCCUCCUCUGCCGACGGAGUCUCCUCGAACACCUCCGACUGUGGCGGGGCAGCAGGGCAGCAUCUGCUGCAGCAGUGUAUACGCGAUGGCAUGCAGAAGCAGCAGCCGACACCCGACGAUCCCAUUGCCAUGCUGCGGCGUGGAGGCAGCCUGCUGCCCGGCUAUCUGCCCUCCAGCGAUGAGAUGAGCAAGUACCUGGUGGAGGACAGCCCCUGCAACUUUUCGGUGGUCUCUGGCCUGUCCAAUCUCACUGUCGGCUCCAGUCUGGUGGGUCCUGCGGUGCAGCUGAAGGAAACAACUGUGGGUCCUAGCAUGGAGCCCAAAGCUCCUGCAGAGCAAUCUUCAUCCCGGCCACCGCACUGGCAAGACGAUUCCCUGAGUUCCCUUUCCAUUGACUCGGAGGACGAUACCAACUUGUUGAGUCAGGCUAUUGCCGCUGGUUGCAAUAGACCCAAAUCGAAUCUUGGCUUCAGCUCGAACGGGAAGCGCUCCAGUUCGUUGAGCUCCUCGCAACCCAUGGCCAUUAAUGCGGCCACUUCUGCGUGCUCUCUGAACUCUGCGAUGACGGUGCGCAAGAACCAGCAGGAGUCGUACAGCUCGGUGGACUCCAGCGACUCGAACGACAAUCAGUCCAAGUCGCUGUUUGAGCUGUGCAUCCUCAAGGGCAUGUACAAGUCGAAGCAGUCCCAACAGCAGACGCAGUCGGUGCAGCCGCCUCCCCUGCCUGUGACAUCGAAUUCCAAACAGUUCGAUUCGCUGCCCGUACAGCUGCCAUCCUCCGCUGGCCAGCACCAGCAGCAGCAGCAAAUGACAAAGCGACAGCGCAGCAGCCACCAUCAUCACAGCCACAGCCAUCAUCAUCAUCAUCGCGAGAGGGAGCGCGAGAGGAAGGACGAGAAACUGCUGCAGGAGUGCAUCAAUACGGGCAUCUCCAAGAAGAUCAACGCCGUGCCAAAAAACGUCCUGGCUACGUCUGCAGCUGCAUUGGAACCGUGUCACCCAAUGGCAGCUACUACAUCAGCAAGUGCCCCCAGCACAGCAGCAGCUCCAGACGUAGAGCAGAAAGCGCACGCCACCAGCAGCAACAGCAACAGCAGUAUCCCCAGCCCGAACAGCCUGUCCCAGAGCAGUCAUAUCGCCGCCACCGGCACAGGCAUCGACACAACAAAAAGCCCAGCUCCAGCUCCAGGUCGAGAGAACGCGACCGCGAACGGGAACGCUCUCGAGACAGGUAUUGGGUCUAAGCUGGAGUUAGACUCUGAUCGAUCCAGCGAUGAGUCCAACCAAUCCUUUAUUAUGGACACCGUGGUACGACUGGACAGUACGCCCCCCAGUGCCAGCUGCAGCUCGGGCUCGGCCAACGAGAAGCACAAGGAUCCCGAUCUGAUGCUAAAAUCCGUGGAGCGAUUAACCCUGGAGUUUGUCACCUCCGCGGAGCAGCUAAGGAGCCACAGCCACAGCAAGAAUCACAACCACACGAAUACAAAUAGUCACAACACCUGGAACGAGAAUACCUGUCCGAAUGAUGUGUCCUUUCCCAGUGUCAGCCAAACAGCUCCCGUACUCCAGGCCUCGCUCAGCUUCGAUGAUGAUGUGGAUGUGGAUGUGGAUGUGGAUGUGGACGAUGAAGAGGCCACAGAGGCCAAGUCAUUGGUCAACGAACUGGCAGAGAUCACUCCCACCAACGAGGAGCAGCCUUCGCAGCCGGCUUCCCUGGACACGGAGACGGUAACGCAUACCCUAAUGAACGGAGGCCACUCGGGCAGCUCCUCGGGCGGCGGACUGAACUUUCAGCUGGGAGGCCAAGUGCAGAAUGCCGGUGUGCAGCAGCGGAACCUGUUGUUCAAUGGCACCAGCUCAUCCAUGAUGACUAACUCCACGAUAAUUGCUUUUGAGGCGCGUGCGGUGGCCGAGAAUCUGCUGCAGCAUCUACAGAAUGGAGAUGAGGACAACACCGAGCAGACGUUCAGCAUCAACAGCCUGGAUCUGGACAACGUGCGCCCGCCCUCGGGUAUGGAAUCGCUGAAUAGCUGCUACCAGGAUCACUCACAGCCCAGCUCGUUGCGCCUGCCGUUGCCCAGCAAAUCGCCAAGAUUUGCCCGCAAGGUUUUCCCCGCCAAUCUGGUGGCCCGGCGGGCGCUCGGGCACCUCGCUGGCAGCGCGGAGAGCGUGAACUCCAGCUGCAAUCUGCUGGACAACAUCAAGCCGCCGUCGCUGAUGGACGAGCUGCUCGACUCGAUGAUCAGCGUGGACAGCAUCCAGUCGGAGGUGGCCGAUGGCGAGCAGGACUGCAGCAUGGCCACCACCAUCUCGGUGUCGAACUACGAAACGGCCGCCUGCGACGAUCAGUCUUUUACAGUGCUCCAGAGCUGCUACGACGAGGAGGAUGGCGAUGAAGACGCCACCAUGAAUGACUUUAGCUCGGCCGAGUCCACGCCCAAGCAGGGAUCCACGCCAUCACCCAAUCGACGCUCGCUGACACCCAAACAGAAGCGACGGCUGGCCAAGGACCGCUUCAAGACCUACACCAUUGCCAGCAAAAGCGAAGAGCUGGACGGUCUAGAGUUCAACGAAACGCUGCAGAUUGAAAUUGUGGAGACCACGGGCCAAGUGUCCACGCCAUCGCCACCACGCGCCAAUGGCCGGAGGAGAGGCAGUGCCGAGCGCUACAAGACCCAACUGAUUGAGUGUCCCCGGGCGCUCAUCCAGGGGCAGGGCAUGGGAGACGAUUGUCCCAGCGAACAGCUGUCCUCCAUUCGCGCCAUGAUGCAGCAGUUCACCUACAUCACGGACAUCAACAUUGGACAGGCCCAGGAGGUGGCGGAGAAGCACCCGGAGGAUCACCCCGAAUGCGAUCAGAACUCGGAGACAGAGUCAUGUCAUGGCCUGGAGCCAGAGUUGCCGCCUCCUCCGCCAGUGCUGGAUAUAAAAUCACCCAUUGCAGCCGAACCCCCCAGCCUGGAGCCUGCCACAGCCGUGAAGGUGGUGAGGGGACGCAAGAAACCCGCCUACGUGUCGCCCUACAGCAUGCAGAGUCAGCGGAACAGCAGCUGUGCCGCCAAUCACAAAAAGAAGACCCUCUCCCCAACCAUUGCCAAGCGGAAUGUGCUGCCGCCCAAAAAGAAGACCACGCCGCCGCCAGACGGCGGCUCCACUCCAGCAGCAACACCAGCUCCGGCCCGCCUGGAACGCCAGGGAACCUUUGUAAAGGAUGAGCCCACAAAUAGCAAUGUCCAGGUGCCCGUCGUAGAGGCCAAGCCGGCCAACACCAGUCCCAGCCAUCGUGUAUCCAAGCUUCCCACAAAGAAGGCCACAGGCGGCGAGAGUCCAAAGGCAGUUGCCGGAUCUCCGAAGCGCACUGUCACAGCUCCUUUUGCCCGACGGGGUCCGCCACAGCGGGCCAAUACCAACCUCCGUCUGGCCGGAACGAAGUCAGCGGGAACCUCGCGGGUGGCCCCCAUCCGCGUGUCCACAACAACUCCGCCCUCCCGCAGCAAUUCCAAUCUGAACGGAAGCAGUGCAGCCGCUGCAGCGGCGGCCAAAAUUAACCAAGCACAAAGUCGCAUUGCCAACAUCUGGAAGCGCGUGGACGAGGCCAAAACGAAGCAAUCGUCCAAUCUGAGGACACAGCAAACGAAAUCUUCCAACACGCUCAACGGAGCUGGAGCCGGAGGGCCCAAACCCAAGACCACGCUGCUGCGCAGCUCCACAUUUGAUAACACGCCCGAUCCAGCAGGAGGCAGCGUCAAGUCCAAGCUACCCGUAGUGGGUGCACGGAAAUAGGUCCCAGAGGAAGGUUUUUAAAUAUUUUUUAUCGCAUUUUUAGAACGGAAAACGCACAAGCAGAAGCAGCGCUAGAGUCAGGGGAAAAAUCAAAGAGUUUAUAGGCUAGAAGGCAUAUACAUAUACAUAUACAUAUACAUUACAUAUACAUCCGAUAUCCACUAUAAAGUACUAUAUAUACAUUUUUCCUUCCACUUAAUACACCUAUAUAUAUAUAUAUAUGUACUUGUAUCUAGCGAAUAAUGAAUUUGUAAGCAACCAGUCUAACAUAGCGAUAGCGCAAACUCCUAGUUACUCGAAAUAAUCCAAAAUCACAGUCAGAGCCACCCUGUAGAGGGACUCGUGUGUAGCCAAAUGUACUAGAUAUCAGGCCUUUCAAAUGUGUACAACUCCCCUAUAUACAAUAUAUAUACUAACGCAUAUGUAAUUGCUAUAUAUUCGGUAGACAUUGUUGUUCAGAGAGAGGUUUAAUUCGAUUUAGUUUUUACUUUUAGUUAGAAGAGAGCUCCGCCCCCAAGGACCGGAUCGUAUGCACAACUCCGAAAUAUCCAACUUUGUGGCAGACCCCAUGGGAAACAAAUCUGUCACAGAAUUGGCAGGAAUUGGAGAGACGCUAGGCGGACGCUUGACUCAAGCUUGAGUCAAGCUUGACUCAAGCGUCCGCCCAGCGUCUCUCCAAUUCCUGCCAAUUCUGUGACAGAUUUGUUUCCCAUGGGGUCUGCCACAAAGUUGCGACCGUGGAGCUCUUUUUAUUAUGCAAAAACCAAAUAUCUUUGAGGAAAACAAGAAAAACCAUUUUGUAGUCACUGCUUUUUAAGUAUUAUUUUUAAUAGCAUAUGGCAUUAUUAAGUAUCAAUCGAAGCAGCUUUUGUAUUAACUAUUUUGUUAUUUUCGAUUCAAGGCGAUUAACAAUUUGAAUAUUAAUUAAACGACAUGCUUUUCAGCAACACACAAAACGAAAA